CACGUUAGUUGCAGUACUAACACAUCGGAACACAACGUAGGGUAGCGGCCGCCGCCAACGUCGCCGCCACCACCAGCGCGCGCAUACCUCGUAACUAUUCGUGCAUUUUACGUCGACUUCAAACAACACACCACAGUCAAACAAAACACAUUCGCCUUCUAGUCGUGCAUGUCAUUUUCAAUUUUCUCAUAACUGUGCGCUGUAUUCACGUGUGCGCGAGGACCCUGUUAGUCUAUGAAUAUGCGAGUGUAGUGCACGGCUGACGUAUACUCACAUAUACAAGCUAAUAGGAAAAAUAUCAACGCGUCGAAGCGGCGCGACUAGACUAGCCUCAGAACACUGAAAACGGCGACACAACUAUUCUUGCUGCUGCGUGGACGAAGUCGUUGUGACAAAACAAUUUUUGCUGUUUCGUUUGUUAUUAGAAGUAGUGAAUUAUAUCAUUCUCAUCUGUCUACAUCAGAUAGUGCAACUUGACCAAGUAUCUACUCCAUCUCACACUUCUCGUUGUUUAUACUGGGACCGUAAAUAUAUUUUUUGGGAUAGUUUGAAACCCCACCGGCAUUGUGGAACUUCAGGAACGGCGAGUACAUCCGGCCAUGGCGAACGUUACCAAUGGGCAUCAGAGGGAGGACUAUACAAAGCACGUCUUCGGAGGUGAACCACAUCAUGCUGAGCAAGUCGUCGAGGAAUCGAAGACUUGCGGGAAAAUCCUUACUGGCCUAUCAUGGGUCCUCGUCGUGCUCACGAUGCCAUUUUCGCUCUUCAUUUGCUUCAAGGUCGUUCAGGAGUACGAGCGCGCCGUAAUAUUCCGUCUCGGUCGUCUGCUCUCAGGCGGCGCUAAAGGUCCCGGCAUCUUUUUCAUCUUGCCAUGCAUUGAUGCUUAUGCAAGAGUCGAUCUGCGUACAAGGACAUAUGACAUUCCGCCGCAAGAGGUUCUAACAAAGGACAGUGUCACGGUGUCGGUCGACGCUGUAGUCUACUAUCGAGUUUCCAAUGCAACAGUAUCUAUCGCCAAUGUAGAAAAUGCACAUCAUUCGACUCGCUUGCUGGCGCAGACUACAUUAAGGAACAUCAUGGGACAGCGCCCUUUGCACGAGAUACUCAGCGAACGUGAGAGCAUCUCGCAGCACAUGAAGGCCCUACUCGACGAAGCGACUGAUUCAUGGGGUAUCAACGUCGAACGAGUUGAAAUCAAGGAUGUACGUUUGCCGGUGCAACUACAACGUGCGAUGGCGGCGGAAGCCGAAGCUUCGCGUGAGGCACGUGCCAAAGUCAUUGCUGCCGAGGGCGAGCAGAAGGCAUCACGCGCUCUUCGCGAAGCCUCCGAGAUUAUAGGCGAUUCUCCCGCUGCGCUUCAACUCCGCUAUUUGCAGACUCUGAACACGAUAUCGUCGGAGAAGAAUUCGACGAUUGUAUUCCCGCUGCCAAUUGAUAUACUGUCGUAUUUUAUUAAGGGAAAGGAGUUGAAUUUCCCAUGAUCACUUAUCAAACGUGCGGCACAAAUGGGAAAGCACAUUAAUACUAACACAACAAACAAAUAUCUAGUCACAUGUAUUUAUAAUAUUUACCCCAGGACACUUAUUGGUAUAUAAUUACAAGAACAACACAACUUAAAUAUAAAACUUGCAAGUUUGGAAUGUGUGCCAAUUAACAUUGAACUUUAAAAAGUAAUCAAUCAAACCAGCACUGAUACUAUUCUAAGAUAUUUACGUAUUGCGAUAAUUAUACGUACGUUUUGUGCGAACAUAUGAAGCACCAAACAUAACCAAACACGCAUUCGUUUCAUUGUCGAGAUCCAUUUCAGCUGCCCCUAGCGCUUGGGUGUGUUUAUAAUGAAAUUUAAUCGAGUGCAAAAUUAAUUGAACAGGAGACUGCAAAUAUGAUAUUAUCACUAUAAAUUGCUGAUAACGACGCUAUUAAAACGAAACAAAAAGCCAUCAAAACUUCUGUGGUAAUCACUAAACGUACUAAUUAAAGCACGAAGUUAGAAAAAUAUUGUAAAUUUUUGUUUAAGUAGGCUUUAAUUUAUAAUCCUAAAGUGAGGAAAAAUUGACUAUAUUUAUAACGAAAUUGUGCUGAAUGCAGUCACGCAGUUGUUAUCCUUUGUGCGCCUCCUAAAGGAAUUUGAAACAUUUUUAUUACAUUUAUUACACAACGAUUAACCAUAUAACUUUUAUUUCCACGUCAAAUAUUUAAAUAAAAAUUAAAAAUUCUUUUGCACAUUUAAUAUUUUUUCUACUUCUACUUUUAAAGUGCCAGUUUUUUCACGGUUUUAAGGCACAAAAAGUGGUACUUUAAACACAGAUGACCAAGAUCGUGACUAAAGUUCUUGCAGCACAAGAAUAUGUGAAAUGCCAUGCGCCGUCAGUCGGGCGUGGCCCGGCGCGGAGCACUGUAUUUCUCACCUUACUUUUCCCAGUAGUGUGCGAGCUAAUUUCGAAGAUUUAAAAUACAAAAGCUCUCAAUCAAUCUAGUGCCAAAAACCUCCCGUUUAGACCACUUGAUAAUAGACUAUUAUAUUAGAUAAUUUUGACAUUUACAGAUAAUCAUUUUCAGUUAAUGUCAAAAACACAAGGCAUUGAAAGUUGAUACAAAAAUUCUCUUUGUGACAAUUGCGAGAAAACGCUUCAAACAACGGAAUCUAACACCACUGAGCAAAACCAAAGCGUUUUGUCGAAAUUCGUUGCGAAAACCGAAAAUGAAAAGCAAGAGGACGCCAUAGAAUAAAGGAUUCACAAAUGUUAAACAUGUCUAGAUGUUUUCAAAUAACUUUUAGCAUAUCAUGAAAUCAAUGCUAUUCAUAUCGCAAAUUUUGUGCGAGUGUGUACUUUCGAAUUUAUCGACGUAGAAUAACAAACAUAAAAAAACACUAAAUAUUCGUGUUCUAGGUUCUAGAAGGUACAUUAAGAGGGCAGACACUAACUUAAUUAUAAUAAAAAUAAAUUAUAUUCCUAUUCUUAAUCAAGUAUUUAGAUGUGGACGCAAACUUAUUCUAAGGUAAAUUGAAUGCAUAGGCAACUAGGGUCUAUAUAUCGAAAAAUAUCCUACAACAUUGACGCCGAAACUUAUUGCGAUAAUUCAGAAAUACCAUUGUCGAGUUGGUAGCACGUCGCCUAAUGCCGCCCAGAAAUUAAUCAACUCGAAACCCUCGAAAUGUAAACCGCGCUUACUGUGGGUUGGUUAAUCGCUGUCGUGCGUUAUAGGAAAACUCGGCGUUUCUGUGUACCACAUCGUCGCACUGUUUGCGUUUUGCCGACAGCAGCAAGUUUUCGGGGCCUUUCGGCGACGAUGUGGCACCGAGGUGAGCGAAACACCGACUUUUCCAUUGUGCGUCUGUGAACGAUUUGUUCACCACCAACGUGUGGCGUGCACGAACCUCGACCGGCACGCCGAAAGUAAUUAAUGAGGUGUUGUUUUUUGCACACGUGAAUUAACGAGAAUACAAACGUGACGUAAUUGACGUGUAAUGAAAGCAUAUUUGCAAGUAUGAAAUUAUGUUUACCGUAUUUCAAGCUUCGAUAAAACGCUAUACCUAUCUUAGGUUAGAUUAUUUGCAUAAGGCCUAUGCUGAUUACUAGAUGAUUAUGUUAGGGGUAUAAGUCUGACCAAGCGGAAACAUCUUAUAGGAAACAAAACGAUUUUAUAGUAUUGCGGUGUUUGGUUGAUGUUUGGUAGAUCACACAAUUCUCACACACCCUCGCGCACACAUACACACACGCACACAGACCUCACACACAAUACUCAGUACAUAUGUCUACUCAUUUACCAUCCUCUUUUUUUAUAUAAAUUUUGUUAGGUAUAUAGUAUCAUUACAAUAUAAUAUUAAGAUUUUAUGAUCUCACGCAAAUCAUUCACAACAAGCGUGUGUAGUUUUAAGAUUUGUUGCAAUUUGCAAUUUUUGCACACAAGAUUAUUACACUUAUUACUUAUAUACAUAAAUAAGUAUAUGAAUAUUUAUCAAGAUGCAAAGACAUAUGUGUAACUUGGACUUUUAAUCUUCAAAUAAAUAUAUCUACUGCUA